GGAGCGCUCCGGUCACGAGUGCCAGCGAGGCCGGCGGCGGCAGCGGCGGCGGCGACAUGGCUUCAGAGCGGGACAUUCGCGCCCGGCUGCAGCGCGCCGGCCAAGAGCACCUCCUGCGCUUCUGCGCCGAACUGGCUCCCGGGCCGCGCGCCGCGCUGCUGGCCCAGUUGGAACCGCUGGAGCCCGAGGCGCUGGGCGAGCACUGCCGGCGCGCGGCUGCCGCCCGCGCGCACCCCUCUGGCCCUCCACCCGAGCUGGCCGCACGCCUACGGCCUCUGCCUCCCGAGCGCAUGGGCACCGCGAGCGGGGGCGACCCCCAGUCGCGGCGGCUCUGGGAGGAGGAAGGUUUCCACCAGAUCGCCCUGAACAAGGUGGCCGUGCUGCUGCUGGCUGGUGGGCAGGGCACUCGCCUGGGCGUGACCUACCCCAAGGGCAUGUAUCAGGUGGGGCUGCCCAGCCAGAAGACCCUGUAUCAGCUGCAGGCAGAACGGAUUCGGAGGGUGGAGCAGCUGGCUGGCGAACGCUGUGGGACCCGCUGCACAGUGCCCUGGUACAUCAUGACCAGUGAGUUCACGCUUGGGCCCACGGCCGAGUUCUUCAAGGAGCAUGACUUCUUCCACCUGGACCCCAACAACGUGGUCAUGUUUGAGCAGCGCAUGCUGCCUGCUGUGACCUUCGAUGGCAGGGCCAUCUUGGAGCGGAAAGACAAGGUUGCCAUGGCCCCAGAUGGCAACGGGGGCCUGUACUGCGCGCUGGCGGACCACCAGAUUUUAGAGGACAUGGAGCGGCGAGGAGUGGAGUUUGUGCACGUGUACUGUGUGGAUAACAUCCUGGUGCGGCUGGCCGACCCGGUCUUCAUCGGCUUCUGUGUCCUGCGCGGCGCAGACUGUGGCGCCAAGGUGGUGGAAAAAGCGUACCCCGAGGAGCCGGUGGGCGUGGUGUGCCAGGUGGACGGCGUCCCCCAGGUGGUGGAGUACAGCGAGAUCAGCCCUGAGACCGCGCGGCUUCGUGCGCCGGGUGGGGGCCUGCUCUACAACGCAGGCAAUAUCUGCAACCACUUCUUCACCCGAGACUUCCUCCAGAGGGUCACCAGGGAGUUCGAGCCCUUGCUGAAGCCACACGUGGCUGUGAAAAAGGUCCCCUACGUGGACGAGGAGGGGAAUCCAGUAAAGCCGCUCAAGCCAAAUGGAAUAAAGAUGGAGAAGUUCGUGUUUGAUGUGCUGCCGUUUGCCAGGAACUUUGUGGCCUUUCAAGUGCUGCGGGAGGAGGAGUUCUCCCCACUGAAGAAUGCAGAUUCGGCCGACAGGGACAACCCCUCCACGGCCCGGCGAGCCCUGCUUGCUCAGCACUACCGGUGGGCCCUGCAGGCGGGAGCCCGUUUCCUGGGUCCACAUGGAGCCCAGCUCCCAGAGCAGCCAAGCCUGCCCAGCAGCGGAGAACCUGCAGCCGUCUGUGAGAUCUCGCCCUUGGUGUCGUACUCUGGAGAGGUGAGAGCCACCCGGCCUGUCUGGGUCUUCUGGGGUGGGGCUUGCGUGAUCAGAGGAGGGCCAGGGCGAGGAGGGUGCCGGGGGGAAGACACAGCUCUGCGCUGGUUGACCGGUGGGGUAAGUAGUCCCUCAGCUUGCGGAGGACUUUCCAGGAUGUGGGGCGUGGUGAGGUGUCCAGAGGCCUGGGAGGGUUGGGAGAACAAGCAGGCCGGUCUGCGGCUGGGGCGGCCAGCUGGGCUUCCGUGGGAGCCCCACUGGGCGGGCAGCGCCGCGUCUUCCCUUCUCUGGUAAGUCCUGGCCGGAGCUUGUGGGAGGGCUUAUGCUGGCCUGAGGUCUCGGGGAGGCAUCCAACUCCUGUUCCUGGGAGCCUCUCUGGCCCUGUCCCUCACUGGCUCCAGACUGAAUUGGAACCCCACCCCCCACCCCGGGGCCAAAAGAGGUGGACACUUGGAUGUCAUGACUUGCUUGUUUCCAGGGUCUGGAGGUGUAUCUGCAAGGCCGGGAGUUCAGGUCCCCGUUCAUCCUGGACGAGAACCAGGCCAGGGCACUGCAGCCCUGACUCGCUCCUGGCCCUGCCAGCCCCGGGUCCCCACGGGUGAGGACGCAGCCCCAGCCAGGGCUCUGGGUGGGAAAGCAGGCUGCCAGGCGUUUCCGGCCUGCGGAACGUGGAGCACAGAGGGAAGCGUGCUGGUCUCCUCCACGACACUGGGGACUCUCCCAUCGCUGGGUCCCCUGGACACAAGCGACUCUGCCCUGCUGUGGGCCAGCACGGGCUCUCCAGCUUCCCUCCUGGCCAUGGGGUCUGAGGGACUCAGGACCUCGGACAGUGGGGCUCAAAGGAGGCUAGGGUGAGCUCUGGGGGAGGAGUGCCUGGACAGAAUGGUGGUGGCUCCUCGGCCCCACACCCAGACCCCGUGGUGAGGAGCACCAGCCACCCCGAGCUCUUCUGCAGACAGAGGAGGGGGACGACGUCUUUCCCUCCAGGGUGCCGUGUUUGAAGGGGCUGUCCCUCCCUCCCUGGCAGCUGAACUUGGGGGUCGUGGCCCAGCCCUGUCCCCGCCCAGCUGAGGCCGGCAGCAGCAGGCGUCCGAUCAUCCCAGUGACGGGCCAGCUGCACCAGGGGAGCAUGCUCCCCAGGAGCUGGGCCUGCGCACUGGAGACUGAGUUCUCUCGAUUUCUGCUAUCCAAGGCCUCAGCCCCUUGGUCUCUCUUCUGCAGCCGGUUUAGGCUGCUGGGUUGGUGCUCCCCCAGGAACCAGUGGGACCAAUACUGGUGGCCUCCUGUUGGGGCUGAUUAACAGGAGUUGAACCAGGAGGGCAGUGCCACCCUUUGCCCAGCAUGCCUGUCGCUCUGACAGAUUUUGGUGCUCAUGCCCCCCCCCCUCCCUCCCGUGUUGGGGGUUGGGAAGGGGAAACAGCCUCCACAUUCGGGGCCAGGGCGCCCUUGCUGCAGCGCUGCAGCCCGGCUGAGGCCGGGAGACACCAGCUGACCCUGGACCCUCGCCCCUCCCUGGCUUUGCUGCUCUGGAGAGCAACACAGUGGCACCUACCUCUUCCUCCUGAUGUGAUGAGUGUCACAAAACAUGUCGCUGCUUGGCAGAGGCUGCCUGCCCGCUCCCCGCUCCACCUCAGCGCACGGCCCAUGUGGAGCCAUGGCUUCCCCAGGGAAGGGUGUUAUCCAGGGGUGGGUUCAGAUGCAACGGUCCCUCCAGUAGCCUGGAGCGGACGGUGGCUGCGUCCACACAUCCCAUCCUGGGCGUGACGGUGGGGUCAGGGCCCUGCCCAAAGCCCAGGGGACGACACUGCCCCACCCAGGCCCUGCUGGGCUUCUCAGACUCAGAAUUGAGCCCCGUGCCUUAGUGCCCUCCCGGCUGCUCCACAGGCGAGCAGAGGGCCUGGGCAGAGGAGGGUCCCUUGGGCAGAGGCCGUGGUGCUGGGUACCGCCCCAGUCCCAGUGGGACACCCGGGCAAGCUCUUUUCUACACAGGUAGAGAUAGUUGGGUAAGCUAUUGAAACAGCUUGCUUUUGGAAAAACUUUAUUUUCAAGUCAGUAAACUUUUUAUUAUAUCUUUACAUAGAGUCUCAAACAGCACAGCGAGGUCCAGGGCACCCUUCCCCGAGUUCCCAUAAUGUUUGCAUCCUAUGUGGUUGGAGGAUGCCGCGAGGCAGGAGACAUUGGUAGAGCUGAGCCAUUUGUCGCAGGUGUGGCUCCCUGUGCCCACUCUGCAUUCAAGAGGCAGCAAGGUCAGUUGGUGCCAUCACCACAAAGACCUCCCUCCUGCCUCCCUCGUAACCACACCCCACACCACCUCUCACCCAGACAACUGCUAAUAAAAUAACUGAGUUUUGAGAGACUGCCAAACUUGGUUUUCCACAGUGUGGGGGGCUCCCAGUAAACCCCAGGUACAGUGAUUGAUCCCUGGCCUGGCAAGUGCAGUUUCUGACCAGCACACGUGGUGGGAACAGUGCAGGGUGUUCACAGGUCUGCCUCCAUCCAGGGCUGCAGCCUGCUGGGGGCCCUUUGGGGACGAGAGCCCACACACUGAGCUGAAGCUGCUCUGGGCUGCCCCCUGCCCCAUAGUCCCGUCCAGCUCUGCCCAGGCUCUCAGGGGAGCCUGAGACAACCUAGUGAGUCAGGCACCCUGGGGGCCGGCCCAGAACCUGCCCCUUGAGCCAGGGCUCCAGGGAUGGGCUCCUGCGCCCCCAGCUUUGAGAGCCCGUGACUCAUCCUCCUGCACUGUGUCCUCCAGUUGCCACCAUGUCCCUGACAAGGGGUUGUGCAGGGAGGGGUGCCUGAGGGUCUUGUUGGAACUGCCAGCAGAGCUGUGAGUGGGGUAAGACCUACAGAGACCUCAGGGACGGCCCUGAGAAAGGAAGGGGCAGGAGGGAAGGAAGGCCUUUCUGGAGCAGGUUCAGACAAGCCAAGGAGCUGAGCGGGAGGCGCAGGCACCGAGGAGCUCCCGUAACACCCAGGAAUGUCAUGGACAGGACUGCAGGAAGCAGUGGGCUCACCCACUGGGGAGCAUCAGGGGGCGUCCCGGAGCCUGCUAUCCUCAGGACGCCCCAAAGGGGGAGCCCACACAACCGCUCCCUCACUCCCUCCACGGCAGCAGCACCUGUGCCCCGCCGCCUCCAGCGGACUUUCCCGCAGGCCAGACGUCCCCCGUUUCUCCAUAACGUUCCUGUUCUUUGCUCCCUGGACCUGCCUAUGCUUUGCACGUCCUGAGUUCCAGUUCCUGUUACUCCCAAAUAAACUUUCUGCUGGCAGAAUAA